UAGCCACUCCUAUUUUUCUUUUGUUAAAUUGAACGAAGGCUACCAUUAAUUAAACAAAGGGGCGACGAUCCGGAGGAAAUCGCUCGGUCUUCUUAUCGAGAUUUUAAAAGGCAAGUAAUUGCUAGCGAGCGAAGGAUGGAAAGAGACCGAGGAAAGAUCAGAUCGAUCGAUUCGAUUAUUUCCUCUUAGACUUCGAUUCCUUUUCUUCGUUCCGAAGAGACGCGGAUUGGAGGAUUCUUUCUGUUGUUGGAUCUUUGUUGCUGUUAAUAAACACAAGAAAGGAGGAGGAGAAGAAGGGAGAGAGAAGAAGGGAGGGAGGGAGGGGGGAGGAGAGAUGAAAGGGAGGGUAGAUAGGGUUAGGGUAUCGAAGGCGCGGCUUGGCGGGGAGAGGGGCUCGCCGUCGGUGGGAGCGGAGCUCCGGCAGGCGUCGUCGCAGACCGUCCGUCUUGGCCGAGUCCAGCCCCAGGCACCCACCCACCGCACGAUCUACUGCAACGAUCGCGAGGCCAACCUUCCCGUCCGGUUCAAGGGGAAUUCCAUAUCGACUACAAAAUACAACAUUCUGACCUUUAUACCAAAAGGGUUGUUUGAACAGUUCAGGCGGGUGGCUAACCUGUACUUCCUUAUGAUUUCAGUCUUAUCUACUACACCAAUCAGUCCGGUUUCUCCCAUAACAAAUGUUCUUCCACUCAGUCUAGUGCUUUUGGUCUCUCUUGUUAAGGAGGCUUUUGAGGACUGGAAGCGUUUCCAGAAUGAUACAUCAAUUAAUAGUACCCCUAUUGAUGUAUUGCAAGGUCAAAGAUGGGAAAGUAUUCCCUGGAAGAAGCUGCAGGUCGGAGACUUGGUGAGGGUUAAGCAAGAUGGGUUUUUCCCUGCUGAUUUGCUAUUCCUUGCUAGCACAAAUCCUGAUGGUGUUUGCUACAUUGAGACUGCAAAUCUUGAUGGGGAGACUAAUUUGAAGAUUAGAAAAGCAUUGGAGAGAACAUGGGAUUAUUUGGCUCCUGAGAAAGCUGCUGAAUUUAAAGGGGAAAUGCAAUGUGAACAGCCAAACAAUUCACUGUACACCUUUACUGGAAAUCUUAUCAUUGAAAAGCAAACAUUGCCUCUUUCUCCAAAUCAACUUUUAUUAAGAGGAUGCAGCUUGAGGAACACAGAAUAUAUUGUUGGGGCUGUUAUAUUUACAGGGCAUGAGACAAAAGUUAUGAUGAAUUCUAUGAAUGUUCCUUCUAAAAGAAGUACAUUGGAGAGGAAACUCGAUAAACUCAUACUUGCUCUUUUUGGUUGUCUCUUCAACAUGUGUCUCAUUGGAGCCAUUGGAAGUGGGGUGUUCAUCAAUCGCAAGUACUAUUACCUAGGUUUUUUUGGAGAUGUGGAGCCUCAGUUCAACCCUGACAACAGAUUUGUGGUCACUAUUUUGACAAUGUUUACCCUAAUAACAUUGUAUUCAACUAUCAUCCCCAUUUCUUUAUAUGUAUCCAUUGAGAUGAUCAAAUUUAUUCAGUCGACUCAAUUUAUCAACAAGGAUUUGAAUAUGUACCAUGCUGAAAGCAAUACCCCUGCAUUGGCACGGACGUCGAAUUUGAACGAGGAGCUUGGACAGGUAGAGUAUAUAUUUUCUGAUAAAACAGGAACAUUGACAAGAAACUUGAUGGAGUUUUUUAAAUGUUCAAUUGGUGGAGAGAUAUAUGGCACUGGUAUUACUGAAAUAGAAAGAGGAAGAGCAGAACGGAGUGGACUAAAAAUUGAUGAGGUUAGAAGUCCAACCAAAGCAGUGCAUGAAAAAGGUUUCAACUUUGAUGAUCCUAGGAUUAUGCAUGGUGCUUGGAAAAAUGAGCAUGAUCCGGAGAUUUGCAAGGAAUUCUUCAGAUGUCUUGCACUAUGUCAUACUGUUCUUCCAGAAGGUGACGAAUCUCCAGAAAAGAUUACAUAUCAAGCUGCAUCACCGGAUGAGGCUGCUCUAGUAACUGCAGCAAAAAAAUUUGGGUUCUUUUUUUAUAGGCGGACACCAACUACGGUUGUGAUUCGUGAAUCACAUGUCGAGAAGAUGGGCAAAAUUCAAGAGGUUGCAUAUGAGAUUUUAAAUGUUCUAGAAUUUAAUAGCACAAGGAAGCGCCAAUCUGUGGUGUGUCGAUACCCAAAUGGAAGACUUGUUCUUUAUUGUAAGGGUGCUGAUACCGUGAUAUAUGAAAGAUUGGGGGGUGGAAAUCAUGAUAUCAAAAGAUUAACCAGGGAGCAUUUAGAAGAGUUUGGAUCUGCUGGCUUGCGUACACUCUGUCUGGCCUACCGCGAACUAAGCACUGAUUCAUAUGAAAAAUGGAAUGAGAAAUUUAUUCAAGCCAAAUCUUCUUUACGAGAUCGUGAAAAAAAACUUGACGAGGUGGCAGAGCUAAUUGAAAAGGAUCUGGUGCUAAUAGGUUGCACUGCUAUUGAAGAUAAACUUCAAGAAGGGGUGCCAUCUUGUAUAGAAACUCUAUCUAGAGCUGGGAUAAAGAUUUGGGUGCUAACAGGGGAUAAAAUUGAAACUGCAAUAAAUAUAGCUUAUGCAUGCAACUUGAUCAAUAAUGACAUGAAGCAAUUCACCAUCAGUUCAGAAACUGAUGCAAUUAGAGAGGCUGAAGAUAGGGGGGACCCCGUAGAAAUUGCACGUGUUAUUAGGGACUCAGUAAAACAGGCUCUGAAACGAUGCCUCGAGGAAGCUCAGGAAUACUUGCAUGCUAUAUCAGGAACAAAGUUGGCCCUUAUAAUUGAUGGCAAAUGUUUGAUGUAUGCACUGGACCCAAAUUUACGUGUGAAUCUGCUCAACUUGAGCUUGAAUUGUAGUUCUGUAGUUUGUUGUCGUGUUUCUCCACUACAAAAGGCACAGGUCACUAGUCUGGUUAAAAAAGGUGCUCGGAAGAUCACUCUGAGUAUAGGUGAUGGUGCAAAUGAUGUGAGUAUGAUUCAAGCUGCUCAUGUUGGUGUGGGCAUAAGUGGACUUGAAGGAAUGCAAGCUGUAAUGGCCAGUGAUUUUGCAAUUGCUCAGUUUCGCUUCCUUACUGAUCUUCUCCUUGUGCAUGGUCGAUGGUCAUACCUCAGAUUGUGCAAGGUUAUCACCUAUUUUUUCUACAAAAAUCUUACCUUUACAUUGACUCAGUUUUGGUUUACUUUCCAAACUGGUUUUUCUGGUCAGAGAUUCUACGAUGAUUGGUUCCAGUCAUUGUAUAAUGUCAUUUUUACAGCACUACCAGUUAUCAUUGUUGGAUUGUUUGACAAGGAUGUCAGUGCUUCUUUGUCAAAAAAGUAUCCGGAGCUUUACAGAGAAGGAAUUAGAAAUAUGUUUUUCAAAUGGAGAGUCGUGGCAGUAUGGGCUUUCUUUGCUGUCUAUCAGUCAUUGAUUUUGUAUUACUUUACGACUGCUGCAAGUCAGGCUGGUCACAAUUCAUCCGGGAAGGUAUUUGGUCUUUGGGAUGUCAGCACAAUGGCCUUUACUUGUGUUGUGGUGACUGUCAACUUGCGCCUUCUUAUGGCAUGUAAUUCAGUUACACGGUGGCACCAUCUAAGUAUUUGGGGGAGCAUAUUAGCGUGGUUUGUGUUUAUAUUCAUAUACUCAGGAAUAAUGACCCCAUAUGACAGACAAGAAAAUGUAUUCUUUGUUAUCUAUGUGUUGAUGAGCACUUUUUAUUUCUACUUCACACUUCUGCUCGUUCCUGUUGCUGCACUUCUUGGCGACUUCUUAUAUCAAGGGUUUCAGAGAUGGUUUUACCCCUAUGAUUAUGAAAUUGUUCAGGAGAUUCACAAGAAUGACCCUGAAGAUAGCAGCAGGAUUGAGUUGCUGGAGGUUGCCAAUCAUCUAACACCAGAUGAAGCUAGGAGCUAUGCGAUUUCCCAGCUUCCCCGGGAAAAAUCCAAGCACACUGGUUUUGCUUUUGAUUCACCAGGUUAUGAGUCAUUUUUCGCAUCACAGCAAGGUGUUUUUGCACCACAAAAGGCUUGGGAUGUAGCCCGUAGAGCCAGUAUGAGAUCGCAGCAAAGAAAACCGAGAAGCUGAUUUAUUUUUUAUCUAUGUACAUUUUUGUCAUUGACCCUCACGAGCUGAUAUAUAUGUAGUUGUACCAUAAUUCUUGCCUUUUGUUUUUCUUUUGUUUUUUGUCCUUUUUGUAUUUUUACACUUGUUAGAUGUUUUUUUUCUGGUAGUGCACUUGUUAGAUGUUUAUUCGUUUCCUUGGUUACACAUAUAAGCUCAAGGAAAAUGCAACUGCAGAGGGUCUCUUUCUGGAAAUUCUCAAUGCCAUUUCUGGUGAUUGUACCCUUAUUUCUUUUUUUCA